AUGUCACUAACAACAAAACAAGCAUAUAGACAAGCAUUAAAAUCAAUAAACACAGUAUUUAAAAACGAUUAUCCAAUAUUAAACGCAGCAAAACAACAAAUAAAAACAGAAAUUUACAAGAAUUCAAAUUUAAAAAAUGAAUCAGAAAUAAACGAAGCUAUAACUAAGCUAAAAGAGAUAUCAAAAUUCCUAAUAAGCAACCUAGUUCAAGGUGAAUUAAAAUCAGAUGGGAAAUAUUUUUUAAAUUUUCAUGAUAAAAUUGAAUUAGGAGAUAAUGAAAGUAUAAAAUUAAAUAAAAAUGAAAUGGGAAGUUUAAGUGGUAAGAAGGGUAAUAGUAUAAGAUCAAUAAAGUAG